UUGUCUGAAACACACGAUUUUCUUCAUCUUACAUCAAUACAAACAACGGUUUCGAAUCAUUAACAGUUGGCAAGAGAAAAAGAAGACGCUUCUUUCUUUACUCACAUGAAAAGUGAGAUCAAUCAAUUUUUUAACGCCUAAGGAAACAUUAAAUAAAUAGCUUAAUUUCUGGCUUAGUGCUAUAAAUAUCAUCCAAUUAUUUCAGCAUCAUACCAUAAAAUGGCAUCAUCCAAAUUCUUCUCCUUCUUCUCAUUGCUCCUUUUCAUAUCCAUCACAUUGUUUUACCAAACUAAUGCUCAAACAACUUUGAAUUUCUACCUUCAAGACACAGCAAAAGGGCCCGGUGCAACCGUCACCCCAAUCAUUGGGCUCCCCGGAAGGGACUGGACCUUCGACCAAUUCGGAACCAUAAUUGCAGUCGACGACCCUGUCACCAUGGGCCCAAGUCCACUCUCUACUCAAGUGGGCCGGGCCCAGGGGGUGCUGGUGGUAUCAGCCAAGGAUGGCGCUAAUGUGAACGCGAUUCUUUCGAUCCUGUUCACGAAUGCGGAAUUCAGUGGAAGCACGUUACAGAUCCAGGGCGUUAGUCGGCAACACGAGCAUUAUAAAGAGCUUUCGGUGGUGUCUGGAACUGGAAGGUUUGCUUUUCUCAGGGGUUAUGCUACACUUGAAACUGUUGUCUAUGAUCCUGCAACAGCACAUUCUGCCAUUCGUUUUAAUGUAACUUUAAGACCUUGAAAACAUUUUUAAAUUUAAUAAUAAUUAAUAAAUUAUUCUUCUUUUACUUUUGCCCACAAA